AUGAAACAUCCCGCUACCUUUGUGUCCGGGACUCGCCGAGCCCGCAGUCAGCACAGUCGAACAUCGCUUUGCGUUCAGUUCCCUUAUGACCACAUUACGUCCCCCUUCUGGAUUGGCAACGCUGUAUCAACUUCUCCAGCGGAUUCUUUCGAACCGGUUUUGAACGUUCCGGCCUUAGGGUCCUUCCUCUUUAUUGCGCUCGUCUUUUCCUUGUUGCGUUGGCGGGUGGGAGCGAUCGAGCGGGCCGCGGAUCGUCGGACCACCGCACUAGAAGGAUUCCGGACGAUCAAAUCACAAGCACUCGAGGGCAAGGCCGACGAAGAAAAGGUCCAGUUGGCACUGGAAGAUUAUAAGCGUGCCGUGGAAGAAGUCGAAAACCUACGCACCAUUAUUCCGGGAGUCCGUAUUGCCCCACCACCUUCGACGGCAUCCCUCUCCACCGAACGGUCCAACGAAAACGCCGCGGCGGCUCGGCAAUUCCUUGGUAUGGAACUCGAUACCUUGCCGCAACAGCAGUCCAACGAGGAGGGAAAGCAGGGAUUGCCGGUACCCUUGGUUCUAUUACUGGGACUGGUGGCAGCGAGUCAAGUGGGGUUAUUGUUUCUGUUUCUUCAAGAUCCCAUGUCGAGUAGUAGUUCCUUCUAGCUAGAGAGACGACGUCACUCUUACUAUCCGUACGAAUCCUUUUCCAAUCGUGGCUGCUGACAGGGAGAAGUUGUCUUUUUCGAUUGCUUCACUUUCUGAGCACAGUACCCCUUGGUUCAUUCGUUACCUACCAUUGAUGUGUAUAGAGAGUGUAUCGAAUUCUUUAUACCUAUUUUGUCAAGACUGUACCGCGACACAGACUACGAUCUCGUCCAUUGGCACUCUCCCAGUCAAUGUCGCUACGGAACAAGACACCCGAAACUAGCAUUCGUAUCGUUUCUCCCGACAACGCCGGGAUAUCGUGACAUCUUGAAGGUCUAGCAGUGACCCAAUAACCGAGUCCGCACACGCAAGCUCUGCAAUCCAUCUUUUAUCAUAUUGACCGGUUACCUUUACAGUCA